GCGCUCGGUGCCGCCGCGCUCGGUGCCGCCGCGGGUGGCGGUGUCUCUGGUGGCGGUGUCUCUGGCGGCGAUGCUCCGUCGGAAGCCGACGCGGCUGGAGCUGAAGCUGGACGACAUCGAGGAGUUCGAGAGCGUGCGGAAGGAGCUGGAGAGCCGCAGGAAGCAGCGGGACGAGGCGGAGGCGGCGGCGGGCGGCGAGGAGGCGGCGGCGAUCGGAGCGCUGGGCACGGAGCACAAGAGCCGCGAGCAGCUCAUCAAUGAGCGCAUCGGGUACAAGCCGCAGCCCAAGGCCGGCGGCCGCGCCGCGCACUUCGGCACCUUCGAGUUCUGACCGGGCAGCCCCGGCCCCGCUGGGCCGAGCCGCCCCCCUCUGAGCUGUUGCGUUUUUGGAUUUUAAGUUUGGUUAACAUGGCCGUGAUCGCCCCCUUGCCGAGUGUUUUGUUUUAAAUAAACACGUAUUUUUUUUAA